AUGUCGGCAACGCAGCAUGUCGUUGGAAAGAAGCGAAAGCGAGAACACCAUGUCCCACGGGGAAAAACAAAACGCUACCAUGAGCAAAACAGGAAUAUUGCCGACCUUGAAAAGCAAGUGGCGGGCUUGCAAGUGUCGCAGACAGCAGAAAAGUUUGCCGAUAUGCCGCUGUCUGACGCUACCAAACGAGGUUUAAAGAAGGGUUAUUUUAUCAACAUGACCGACAUUCAGGCCAAAAGUCUUCCAUUCUCGCUUCAAGGCAAAGAUGUCCUUGGUGCCGCCCGAACUGGGAGUGGAAAAACGCUAGCAUUCUUGAUACCGAUUCUGGAGGUACUAUUGCGCAAGAAGUGGGGUCCUCAAGAUGGGCUAGGAGCCCUUAUUAUCUCGCCGACGAGGGAGCUGGCGAUGCAAAUCUUUGAUGUUUUACGAAAAAUAGGUGGAUAUCAUACAUUUUCCGCUGGUUUAGUCAUCGGCGGCAAAAACCUCAAAGACGAGAGCGAUCGUCUAGCCAAAAUGAACAUUCUAGUUGCGACUCCAGGCCGUCUCCUUCAGCACAUGGACCAAACCGUUGGAUUCGACUGUGAGAAUCUACAGCUACUCGUGCUGGAUGAAGCCGACCGCAUCUUGGACAUGGGAUUUGCAAAGGCACUCAACGCUAUCGUUGCGCAUUUGCCAAAGUCGAGGCAAACACUACUCUUUUCAGCCACUCAAACAGAGUCAGUCAGCGACCUUGCUCGACUGAGUCUGAAAGACCCUGUUCAUGUUGGGGUCAAAGAGGAGAACCACGACGCUGCGACACCAAAAGGACUCGAGCAAUACUACACCAUAUGCGAGCUCCCGAGGAAACUGGACGUUCUGUUUUCCUUCAUCAAGACCCAUCUCCAAAUUAAAGCACUCGUAUUCUUCUCCACAUGCAAGCAAGUUCGCUUCGCGUUCGAAACAUUUUGCAAACUCCAUCCUGGUGUCCCUCUCAUGCACCUACAUGGGAAACAGAAGCAAUCGAAACGCCUGGAAAUCUUUCAGAAAUUCACCACUGCCAAGCAUGCGUUCUUAUUCGCAACCGACAUUGCAGCUCGUGGGCUCGACUUUCCUGCGGUCGAUUGGGUCGUCCAACUGGAUGCACCAGAAGAUGCAGACACAUACAUUCAUCGCGUAGGGCGAACGGCGCGGUAUCAAAGUCAAGGAAAAGGCCUCCUUGUGCUUCUACCGAGUGAAGAAGAGGGUUUCACUGCAGCACUUCAAAAGAAAGGAAUAAGUCCACAAAAUAUCAAAGUCAAGUCGAGCCAGACAAUGGAAAUCAAAAACCAUUUACAAAGCUUUGCAUUCCAGGAUCCUGAUAUCAAGUAUCUAGGUCAGAGGGCAUUCAUCUCGUAUCUGAGAUCCAUAUACCUACAAAAGGAUAAAGCGACUUUCAAGCUCGAAGGACUACCACUAGAAGAGUUUGCAGAGGCUCUGGGCUUACCUGGAGCCCCGAGGGUCAAGUUUCUCAGCCGCGACUUGGCUAAGCAGCGGAAGAAUGCUUCUCGCCAGGUUGAAACUGCGAUGGCAGAAGAGGAUUCAGAGUCAGCAUCCUCUGGCUCCGAACAGGCUACAGAACGACCGACUGUUCGCACAAAAUAUGACCGCAUGUUCGAGCGCAAGAACCAGAAACAAGAGCUUUAUCGCAAGGUGGCAGAGCAAUCGAUCCAAGAGUUCAAAGCAAACCCAGCAGACUCGGAGGAUGAAUUCAUGACCGUCAAACGAGUCGACCACGAUCUUCCUUCUGAGAUCGCUACCGAGCCUGAUAAGCCAGAGUUUAUCUCGAAACGCAAGCUGAAGAUUGGAAAGUCGAAAAAGGCCAUGGCCAAGUAUGGCUCGCUCGGCGAGAAGCUCAUCUUUGAUGAGGCUGGCGAAGCACACCAUGUGUAUGAGAUGAAGGACGCGGAGGAGCUCAAGCGUCAAGGUGUCGAUGUUAUGGAACUCGCACAACAGUUUGCAGAGCAGCAACGGACUGAGUUGAAAGAGAAGGCGCGAGAACGAGAAGAGACCGACGGAGGGCAUCGAACGGCUCCAAUUCUUCAACUGGAGGAUCACGAAGACGACGGCUAUGUGUCUCCUGAAUUUGACUUGCCAAGCUCGUCAGAGGAAGAGACGACUCAUCGCAAGGCCAAACGACGAAAGGUCAACGGCGAUUCUAAUAGUGUUGAAUUCGGCUCCAUUGCAGAACAGGAGGAGCAAGCACUCGCCCUGCUUCGACGAUCUCGCGGGUAA